AUGGCGCGAAAGAGCCUCUUGAAGCACUUGGAGCUUCCUGUCAAGCCAGGACAAGUCGAGGCAACGUCACUGUUGAACUGGGACGUGCAGCCGAUUGAAAAGGCACGGCGGACAUGGGGAUGGACGGCGUUUCUGAGUAUGUGGAGCACGGGGGCGUUUUGCAUGAGCAACUUUCAGAUUGGCUCGAGCAUGCUGAGCUUGGGGCUCAAUUGGUGGCAAGUGAUUGUGCUUACACUGGUUGGCCACAUCCUCGCCGUGUCGCUCAUUCUGGUGUCAGCGUGGCCUGGGUUCGAAUACGGCAUCCCGUUUCCCGUGGCCACUCGCGCUGCUUGGGGGCACUUCGCAACGCCCUUUAUGGUGCUGAACCGCGUGCUCCUGUCCGUCAUCUAG